GUUUUUUUCUAAAUUUUAUAAUAAGACUACCAUAAUAUAAUAAACUAAAAUCCCGAGUUUCUAUCUAAUAAUUUCUACAAUUCUGUGAUGAGCUCAUCACCGCCAAGAACCCAAUCCUUAAAAUUAACACACACACAAAAAUGGAGGGUGAAAAGCACCAACCCAAUCCCCAACGGCAACGCCAACCAGGCGCCAGUCCACCACGCACACUCAAAGAGCGACUCUUCCACACGCUACCAAACUACACCGGGCCAUACAGCGUAGGAAUGCUAGAAAUCGAAGUCCCCGUCCGCGAACCGCGGCCCUUCUCACGCAUAAAGCGUAACCACAUCCACGCAUUACGUAUGGAUACGGUGUUAUUCGCUAUAUACUACCCCUGCGAUGCAUCCUCAACAACCCUCCAGGGACAGAAGCCGUCGAAAGCCACGUGGUUACCUCGGCCGCGCGCGUUAACUAGCAAGGGGUACGCCAAAUUCUUUAAUGUCCCGCAUUUGCCUGUAACGGCGUAUAUUGCCGCUACCACCAUGUUCACCAAGCUUCCGGCCUUCCGGAACGCCAGACUCACCGAGUCCCGCGUCCACACGGGUCCUUCGCCUCAUCCAGCGCAAAGCCAAGACACUGUCACAAAUAACGAAGAAGAAAAACCCAAGUUCCCUGUUAUCAUCUUCAGCCAUGGAUUAGGCGGCUCGCGGACUUGUUAUAGCGCGGUGUGCGGGGAAUUAGCCAGCAACGGGUUCAUCGUGGUGGCCAUGGAACACCGCGAUGGUAGUGGUGCUAGGUCGUAUGUAAAUAUACCGCCUGGUGUAUCGCCAACGGUUGAACAGGGGAUCGAUGAGUCGGGUGGGAAUCGGCAUUACAAGGUUGAUUACAUAUUCCCUUUAGACAACGCGCAGGAUACUUCACCGCAUAACGCGCGUGGCGUAGAUACUGAACUCAGACAUGGGCAGAUUGAGAUGCGCAUGGCUGAGAUCGAGGAGGCGUAUUAUGUGUUACAGUUGCUUAAUAAUGGGCAAGGUGAUUUGAUAUAUAAGAAUAACCAGAGGAAGAAAGGAAACGCUGGGUCGAGUUCUAAGGGGUUGGAAGGCAUCGAUUGGUCUGAUUGGGAGGAUAGACUUUUAUUACGAAAUGUCACAGUAAUGGGGCAUUCUUUUGGCGGAGCAACGACGGUUGAGGUUGUUCGUCAAAACGAUCGGUUCCCCUACAUUGGCCAAGGUAUCUUACUCGAUGCGUGGGGGCAAGCGACACCGAAAGCAGGCGAGGUAACUCACCAAUCAUUAAGCAAGCCUCUCUUGGCCAUCAACUCUGAAGCAUUUAUGCAUUGGCCUGAGAAUUUCCAGAGAUUAAGUGACAUCGCUAGGGAGGCUAGAGACGGAGGUGCCCUCUGUUGGAUGAUGACUAUCAAAGGGUCCACCCAUUUAUCUCAAACUGACUUCGCAAUAUUGUAUCCUCAUUGGAUGUCACUGUUGAUGAAAACAAUGGUUAAUCCGAGACGAGCAGUUUACCUAACUGUGAAUUCUUCCUUGGAGUUCUUGAAUAGAGCACUACCCCCUGAGUAUACGACUGGAAAUUGCUGGGUUGAUGAAGGGAUCCUGCAGACGAAAUUGCUUCUUGCGAAAGAGUUGCCUCAUAUGCAUCGACCUGAUGAUAAGUGGAUGGCUUCUCGUCUCAGGAUACCUAACGAGCUAUGGCUCCGAAUUACCAGAUGGUUCCGGCGAACACCUAAAACAGCGAUGGUGGCGACUGAUAUAAAUGGGAAACCAUUGGUGGGGUUGAUGAGCUUCGAGCUUGGAAGUGAAGUUUGGAUGCAUCUCAGUCCACACCAAGAUGAGUUGAUAACAUCCGAUAUGGCUGAGUCAGAAGCCACUUAGAAAAGAAAGGAGGAGGCAAAUGGUCUUUUAUUUUUGCAUGUUUUAGCGAAUGGUUGCUCUUUGGCGUUCACGGAAUGGGAAAAUCAUGUCGGAUGAUUCGGAGAUACCCUUCAACGAGAAUCUACUGUACAUACAUAAGUGAUCAAUACCAAGAAAUAGUCUGCAUAUUGGUUAAAAUCUGCGACUAAUAUUAGUGACAACACCCAGUAAAGGGCCCGAAUUCAAGUGCUAAGGUACGCUGUGUCAAGUAGCGGCCGAAGUAGAACCAAUACAUCUGUCGUGGUCGUUACACAAUGUGCCCACGACUGCAGAUGGAGUACGAUACAUACUACAUAAGCGUGCAGAUUUGGCGUCAAAUAGCCGCUCUCGCCUUGAGAAUGGACAGGGAUAAUGCCGACUGCAGCUUGGGAAGCCAAGACACCAGGAGCAGAAAUACGAGCUGAGGCUCCCAGCAAUAAAGGGAACUAACGAUACAACUAAGUACUUCGGUAGCGCCUCAAAAAAUGCAGCUCGAAUCCAGUGCAGGAAUGCAGGAUUUAUUGAAAAUUUCUCCUGUCAUCCGGCGAGGCGUACUAGCUAUCGAAAAAACUCGACGGGCUUUGAGAAUUAGGCUCUGAAAUUGCCCCUUCGUAGCCGACUAUACAAGCUCG